AUGACGUGUCUUAAUCACUACAACAUUGGCGGGUUUGAAUUCUUGGCCUACACGACCAAACACCACGCACAGGGACUUCACCCUAAGCACUUCACGGGUGUGGAGAAGGCAGUAACACCUGCCAGUGAUCGGAAGUGGCCUUCCCCACAGACAGCAGUGACUCAAGUUAAUCGAGCCUACAGAGGCGGGCCUGGGAACCCCAGUUCACAGCCAAUCGGCCAGUCAGAAGUUCUGGAGGCCCAGGCUGUGACUGGCGUCUACAGUAAGAGAACAGAGCUGGCUGCUGGUGACUCCGUGGUCUUUGAGGAUGUGGCUGUGAACUUCACCCAGGAGGAGUGGGCUCUGCUGGAUCCUUCCCAGAAGAAGCUCUACAGAGAUGUGAUGCAGGAAACCUUCCGGAACCUGGCCUCUGUGGGAGAUAUAUGUGAAGACCAGAAGAUCAAAGAUGAGUACAAAAUCCAGAGGAGAAAUCUAAGAAGUCAUAUGGUACAGAGACUCUGUGAUAGUAAAGGUGGUCAGUCUGGAGAAACCCUCAACCAGAUUCCAAGUGUCAGUGUGACCAAGAAAACUUCUGGAGCAAAACCAUAUGAAUGUAGUGUGUGUGGAAAAGUCUUCAUGCUUCAUUCAUCCCUUACGAGGCACAUCCGCUCUCACCCUGGACAGGAAUUCUAUGGCUGUAAGUAUGGAGAUAAGCCUUACAAAUGUAAGGAGUGUGGGAACAUCUUCAGUUAUCUCAAAUCCUUUCAAAGACACGAACAAAAUCACACUGGAGAGAAACUCUACGAAUGUAAGGAAUGUGCAAAAGCUUUCAUUUCUCUGGAAAACUUUCGAAGACACAAGAUAACGCACACUGGAGACGGACCUUACAAGUGCAGGGACUGUGGGAAGGCAUUUAUUUUUCUCAGUGCAUUUCAAACGCAUGAGAGAACCCACACUGGAGAGAAACCUUAUGAGUGCAAGCAGUGUGGGAAAGCCUUCAGUUGUUCCAGUUAUGUUCAGAUACAUGAGCACACACACACAGGAAAGAGACCCUACGAGUGCAAGCAGUGUGGGAAAGCCUUCAUUUACCCCACAAGCUUUCAGGGACACAUGCGGAUGCACACCGGCGAGAAACCCUACAAGUGUGAGGAAUGUGGGAAAGCCUUUAGUCUUCGCAGUUCCUUUCAAAGACAUGAAAGAACUCACAGUGGAGAGAAGCUUUUUGCAUGUAAGCGUUGUGGGAAAGCCUUCACUCUGUCCACGUCCUUAAACAAACAUGUGAGGGUGCACAGGAGAUAG